ACCACGACGCGCCGCGCGCGACCCUCGAACGUCGCAGCAGCCUCGUGCGCGCCGGAAGCGCGUCUUUUGUUCGCGACAAGUGCCAAAAUACGUCCCGUGAUUGUCGUCGUCGUCGUCGUCAUCGUCAUUGCUGUUGUUGCCAUUGUCCCUGUUGUUGCUGGCGGCGCGUGUCAUCGACGCGACACGCGGAUGGAUCGAUAGCGGGACACCCCUCCCUCCCCUGAACAGCGCAACGGGGAUCGCAGAUCGAACUCGCGAUCAGUCCACCGCGGGUCGUCAACAGGGUGUCUCGACGUAGCAUCCUCCGCACAUCGUGAAAGUGUAUCCGAUCUCGGAUAACGAGCGCUUCGACGGACUUGUACACGAACGGGCAUGGAGCAGUUCGAGCAGCUGCUAACCUGCGCGAUCUGCCUGGAUCGGUACAGAAAUCCGAAGCUCUUGCCAUGCCAGCACAGCUUCUGCAUGGAGCCGUGCAUGGACGGCCUGGUCGAUUACGUCCGUCGACAGGUCAAGUGUCCGGAAUGCCGCGCCGAACAUCGUAUACCGUACCAAGGCGUGCAGGCCUUCCCGACCAACGUGACUCUGCAACGUUUCCUGGAGCUGCACAUCGAGAUCACGGGCGAGCUGCCGGACCCGACCAGCGGCCAGACGAUGGAGCGCUGCGGCGUCUGCUCCGAGAAGAGUUACUGCGCCCUGUGCGUGCACUGCGAGAAGAAGUGCUGCCCCGAGUGCAAGGACGCGCACAUGGACAUCCUGAGGCGCGAGAUCACGCGCAUCAAUUCCCAGGUGCGCCGGGGUCUGCACAGGCUGCAGGACGCGUUGGCCCUGGUGGAGAAAAACACGCUGGGUCUGCAAACAAACUGCGCCUCGGUCGCCGAAGAGGUGGACGAGAUUUAUCGGAGGCUGAGCAAGGCUUUGAAAGACCGCACGGAACAUCUGCGUAACGAGGUCGAUCGAUACCUCGGCGCCGAGCUCAGAGGCCUGAUUCAGCUCAAAGAGAAUCUCGAACUGGAAAUCGCGAAUAUCCAGAGCAACUGCGAUCUGGCGGAGGCGCACAUCAACGAGAACGUACCGUGGGACGACGCCGAGCUGCUGGACACAAAGGAACUCUUCCUGCGUACCGUCGAAUUUAUCAGGAACUUCGAGUACGAAGCGGGGGAUUACAGCCGGCGUGUCCGCUUCGUGAUGGCGCACGAUCCGAAUCAGCUUGUCCUACAUGUGGCGGGUUACGGCGAACUGAACAUUAAACCCGAGAGCGGGAGCGGCGGAUUGCUGGGCAGCUCCAGCAGUUUAGCCCCACCUGGAGGCUCGCCCGGCCUCAUGAGGAGCAAGAGCGAUCACCGUCUCGCCUCGCAAUACAGGCAGCAGGAGGAGGAACGACUGGCCAGGAAUCGAUACGUGCCGGAAUACGAGUACGACGCGCCCGAGUACGAAGUGCCGAGGAACAAGUCCCGAUACAGGAGUCGAUUCAUGCGUCACCGCGACGGCGACGAUUCCGACGGCGACUCCCGGUCGACGGUGAGGUUCACGUCGGAGCGGCAGGAGCCGUCGGCCCUGCGCGAGCGCGUCCUGGACACGGAGGACGCCGCGCGCGGGCCUCUCUCCGGCAUAUUUCGCCUCACGGACUCGCCGCGGGUCAUGAAGAAGCUGCAGGAGUGCGAGCGCGCCGGCAAGAGGAAGAAGGAGGAGCCGGCGAGCCAGCAGACAACGGUGCAGCAGCCUCAACCAGCCAAGCCUCAGGUGCAAGUGAGAAAGGUACCGAGCGCGAUGGCGAGGCAGACCAGCGAGGACGACGAGAUCUCGAGGAUCAAGAAGCAGAACAAGAACGCCGCGACGGCCGGCCACGCCGACAUGGUAGAGGAGAGACAGCCGACGGCGCCCGCUGCUCCGGUCCAUCCGCCACCGAGAGAGCUCCCAGAGCGGGAAGUCGAAGAGCCGGUCAGGCGGCCGGCUAUCGCCAGGAGAACUUCGGCGGAAACUCACGCUCCCCCCGCGGCUAGGAGCGCCUCGUCGGACUCGAGCACCGGCUCCGAGAGUUCGACCGGCUCGGGGAUCCGCAAUACGGGCGCGCCCUUCACGGCCGAGGAGAUGAAGCAGAAGUACCUGUCGAGGGCGCCGCCGACCAACACUACCACCACCACCGUGUCGACCGGGCCGCCUGUGUCCACCACCACCGCCGGCAGGGACUCGGCCAAUACCACCACGCCGACGCCGAGGCCGUUCCAGAGCCGUUUUUUAGGCGCAGGUAACCGAGCGGCCCCGCCACCACCGAUCCAAACGUCGCGAGAAGAGCCGGCGGCUGCGAAGAAGAAGGAAGAAGAGGAUGACGACGAUGAGGAGACGAGCAGCUCGUCCGAGGAGACCGAGUCGGACACCGAGGAGGAGUCGGAAACGGACGUUCACCAUCCGUCCAACACCGCUCCAUCGUCAACCUCCGCUGUGCCUCAGGAUCGUCAGAGGAACGAGUCCGCCAUGGCGCGCACCGAUAUAGGACCUCUGCUCGCUCGCAGCGCCGAGGCCAGGAGGGGCAGCAAGGAGGACUCGCCUUCCACCAGGUAUUCGUCGCCGAGAGGGAGCCCCGCGCAUUCCGUGACGAGCCCGACGACGACGAUGACGACGAUGACGAGCCCGGGCGGCGGCGGCGGUGGCGGCAUCGGUGGCAUUGGCGUUGGCGUUGGCGUUGGCGUCACGACGCCGACGACCACGCCGGGCGGUUACACCAGCAGGACGUUUAGUGACCGUACCGACGUAAGGUCGGCCGAUCGCGUCGAAGACGAUAUAGUAAUCGCGGCUACUACUAUUACUACUACUACUACUACUACUACUACUACUACUACCAAUACUACUACUACUACUAUCAAUACCAUUACCACCACUACAAUCGCGGAUUACGCUUUUAAUGCCGACAACGGGGACGUACUGAGGCAGGUUGUUAAACCGCCACCGACGAACACUACCCCGCAAAUUACGGACGCUAUUACGGACACCGACAACAAAUCGACCACCUCAUCCUCCUCCCACCUCGCGAUUAGCCCCGAAAGUCUCAUGGAAGGUAGCCGCGGUAGUCGAGUUGCGAGCGUGGCCGAAGACGACGCGCUAGCGGACGGUCGUUCAGGAGACGAUGAGGUCUCGUUGCUGACCGGACACGACCGGUACGGGUCCACUUGCAUCAUCGUGGUCGAUGACUCCGCAACGAGAACGCGCGACACCGUCAUGCCCGAGUCCGAGGACACGCCGGGUUCGCGAGCAGCGGAGGACUUGGCGAGAAACGCGAUUGUCGUCGAGCGGUCCGCGUCGGACCUCUCGAGUCUAUCGGCCGAGGCGAUCGACCAGCGCAGAGACCGGUCCAAGUCCAAAGAGUCCCAAGGAAUGUCCGAGAGCUCGAGUUCCGUGAGCGGCCGGACCAUGUCCGACAGCGAGUCGGAGAGCGGUUCUGAGAGCGGCUCGGAGGACGAGGACGAGGACGAGGAAGAGGAGGAAGAGAACGAGGACGAGAACGAGGACGACGGUUCUCGGGAUGAGAAUUGCAACUUGAAGACGGAGAAGAAAGAGGACAAGGAGAAGGAGCGCAAGAACUCGAAGGGGACGAACGAUGCCGAGUACAGAGGGAACGAAGGUUCCUCGAACUCCUCCGACACCGACGGCGAAGCCACGGUGUUGAGCGUCGACUCCAACACCCGAGCCGACAGCAGUGUAACGCAAUCGGACGACGUGCGCUACGAGAGGGACCUGAAGCGCCGCAGCGCCUCGAUCAUCGACGAGAGGAGUAUCGAGGAGAUGUUCGACGACAACGGCUGGGUCAUCACCGAGCAGGACCUGCAGAGCGACGUGCGCACCGUGUCCGCGAUCCUGCCGGGUUUCGAACCCGCGAACGAUUCCAGCGAUCGGCCGGCCGAUCGACGACAGACUGAAGACACCGCCGGCGAGGCCAGCGACGCAGCUGGGACUCGUCCGGAGGAAGCCAUUCCCAAAAGCGCUGAGUGCAGACCGGACGAGGCAGUCUCGAGCAAUCUCGACGCCGAGACGGCUCCCUCGAGCGAACGACGAGCAUCCGAGGAGACCCUCCCGCCGAGGAGUCGCGUGUACAGGCAGAGCAGCCUCGGCAACAAUGGCUGGCUGGUGUCCGACGAGUCUGAGAGCGAGUCUGACCGCGCGACCUCGCCGAUCGAAGCGUCCUCCGACCGAAGGCUGGCAGCUGAGAUCGACGCUGAUGGCCAAGUGGAUCAUGAGACAGACCGAGAUAACAUGAGCAGCAUCGACGAGAACGGUUGGGUGGUACUCGACGACGAAGAUGAAGACGAAGAUGAAGCCGAUCAAGACGAUGAAGACGACGACGACGACGACGACGACGACGACGACGACGAGGACGAGGACGUCGUCAGCGAAGAUUCGGAGGAGCGCGGGAGCGCGGAGAACGCCACGAGCGCGAUUCGUUCCCAAGCGACCAGUCUCCUAAUGAAAAGAAACAUGGAGAACUGCGCGUUACUCGCAAACGCUACCCACCUAAAGGGCACCGAGUCGCCCGGCGAGCACGAGGGACCGCCCGGUGGCAAUAUCAGUAUACCGGUGCAAAUGGAUGCCUCACGAAUCUGUGGUGAAAAGUGCGACGCAUCGGUGGACGCCGAUGGUUGCACUCGCCCAUGGAGCUGGGAUCGAAUUAAAUCGCUGGCCAUUUCGUUCCUCAACAAGAGCAGGAGCCAGGCGGCGAUGAUGGCGUCCCGCGAGCGGGAACGCGAGCGGGACCGCGAACGGGAACGCGAACGGGACGCAGACGCGGAGAUAGACUCGCCGUUGUCGACGAGAUCGCGCUACGCCGCCCUGAAGGAGCGCCGGCAGCGUCUGGCGCGUUCCCGGAGCUCGCACAACUUUGGCGGCGACGACCUCGACCUCGACGAGGAGCCGCCAUCGCCGACCACCCAGUCGCCGAACGCUUACCUGGCGGCGAAGUACGGCGCCGGCUCCGAGCUGGCCCGCAGCCGCAGCACCCACGCGCUGAAGUCGCGCGAACCGAGCCCGGAACGCGAUCGCCCGGGCGCCGAGAAGGACGGCGCGGCCUUGAGCUCGUGGGCGAGGUACCUGAAGAACAAAUACGGCAACCGCACCACCAAGGACAAGGAACCGCCCUCCUCGUCCUCCACGAUACCCUCGUCCAGUACCAGCGCGACCUCCAGGAGGCUGUCGUUGGGCUUACCGCUCCGGCACGCCGGCCAGACGUCCUUCGAAUCUUCUGACGACGACCAAAAAAACCCGUCAGGCUCCCCCACGUCCCCUACGGCAGCUCCCGUUACACCCGCGGCAGCAGGUUCCUCCACUAGCAAUGGUCGGAGGAGUCAUUACUUGCUGAAGCGGCGGCAGCUGUUUAAGUUCGGGAUGCGGGGGAGCGAAGCCGGAUGCUUUACCUGGCCGAGAGGCCUCGCGGUCGGCCCGGACAACUCCAUCGUCGUGGCCGACAGCUCGAACCAUCGUGUUCAAGUAUUCGACGGUAAUGGGAACUUCAUGAAGGAGUUCGGAACGUACGGGAGCGGCGAGGGUGAAUUCGACUGCCUCGCCGGGGUGGCCGUAAAUCGAAUCGGCCAGUACAUCAUCGCGGACCGUUACAACCACAGGAUCCAGGUGCUCGAUCCGUCCGGUCGUUUCCUCAGGGCCUUCGGCUCUCAGGGCACCGCCGACGGUCGCUUCAAUUACCCCUGGGGCAUCACCACCGACGCCCUCGGCUUCAUCUAUGUGUGCGACAAGGAGAACCAUCGCGUGCAGGUAUUUCAAUCGGACGGCACAUUCGUGGGCAAGUUCGGCUCCUGCGGUAGCGGACGCGGCCAAUUAGAACAUCCGCAUUACAUCGCGGUGAGCAACACGAACCGGGUGAUCGUCAGCGACGGCAACAACCACCGCGUGCAGAUAUUCGACGUGAACGGCCGCGUGCUGACCUCCUUCGGCACGGAGGGCUCGGAGGACGGCCAGUUCAAGUUCCCGCGGGGCGUCGCCGUGGACGACCAGGGCUACAUCGUCGUCGCCGACUCCGGCAACAACCGCAUACAGAUCUUCAGCCCGGAGGGCGCCUUCCUCAAGUCUUUCGGCUGCUGGGGCAGCGGCGACGGCGAGUUCAAGGGCCUCGAGGGCGUCGCCGUCACCUCCACCGGCAACAUCGUCGUCUGCGACCGAGAGAAUCACCGGGUCCAAGUAUUCUGAGACUCGAGUCGACGCGUUCGAGUUUAUCAGUUUCGAGUUAUCGAUGAUAAGUGGGCGAUGACAAGUCGAAGCUACAUCCGGCUAACGUUUGAUCAUCUUGGUGAACACUCGCCGCGGCCCGACGACUCGCCAACUCGAACGAGCACUCUCGAUUCUCGAGUCUCGGUAACUUCUUUUCAGUACUCUCACUUUUUUAUUUUGCGAUCCGAGAUACGCGACUAACACUUAGCGAAGUUGAACGUCGUUGGAACGACUCCGAAUACCCCCUUUCCCUCCCCCUCUCCUCUGCUCACGGAUAAAAGUGGAAAAUAGAAAAAAAAAUAGAAAAGGCAUGCUUGUGAAAACAUUGAGAAAGGAGUUGGAUGUCUCCGCAGGAAAAAUGAGGAAAACUGAUGGGAAAAGCCGAUUAAAAGGAUUUAAAGAGCUCAGAAUGUAUAUCGUGAAACGGAGCGUUUGUCGAAUCGGCAAACUCCGAUCGAAACGCUUCCGCGAGAGCGAUUCCCAUCGACCAAUGGGAUGUCGCGUUACCUCUCUCACUCACUCACUCUCUCUCUCUCUCUCUCUCUCUCUCUCUCUCUCUCUCUCUCUCUCUCUCUCUCUCUCUCUCUCUCUCUCUCUCUCUCUCUCUCCCUGCCUCCCUCCCUCUCUCUCCUCUCUCUUGUUUUGUCAGGAUAUUAACACAGUUAUGCCUCUCUUCCCAGAAAAUUUUGCCCGUCGGGAAACCCUCUCGCGCCAUCUUGAGAGAACUUUGGCAUAAUCCCCCCUUCGCUCUCCACCGCCGCCCGGUGACAUGACAGAUUAAUCGCGCCAGCAUUUUGCAUCCGGCGAAAAUAAAAACAUGUAGAUAAUCCUCGUUGCAUCGUAACUAGAGCCGCGCGUCGUUCCAUUUGACCGCAUGAAAAAUCUAUCGCCGCUUGAUCGCGGCAAUUAACCAUUAUCCAUUUCUUAUCGCGUCGGUGAAUAAUUGGCGCGAUAGGCGCGCGACUAAUCAACGCGCCUGAAAUCCUGAAAUCCUGAACCGAGCGUUCUCGUUCGUCAGCAUUGACUAAAACAGGCUGAUUAACAUUGACGAAAUUCACCGCGUUUAUUUAUUCCUCACUAAUAUUCUCUCUCUCUCUCUCUCUUUCUCUCUCUCGCGCGCGCGCGCGCGCGCGUAAGGCUGGAUCUGCCACGAGAAGAAACGCGCGAACGAUCUUAGGCUCUCGAGCUUCAAUCUCUCCCUCUUCCCUCCCGCUCGUUAUUCAUUUCUAAUUAUCUUCUUCCUCUCAUCAAACUGCCCUGCUCCCGUUAAUCGUCGCAGCAAAGAGCAGAUUAACAAGAAAAACGGAGUAUAUUAUUCUUUUCUUCGGCACAAUUCUUCAAUUCUUCAGGUAAGCCGAUCUCCGAAGUGGUCCGACUUCCGCCGCGAGAUUCUCGGCAACAACACGUAUCCGCCCUUUUACUUUUCCCGCGAUCGCUAGACGCGCGACGUCACUUAGACGAACAUCAGGCUCGUACACUCGGUAUACCGCGCGAAGCGCGAUACACAGGAACGACAGGAACCAUCCGAACGGAUGGCAAGAAACAAAAGGGGAAAAACCAAGCAAAGAAAUUCAGUACAGCGAUCGUACCGGCGAGCGCAACGACGUGUGAAUCGAGCCGCUCGCUCGCGCAGUAAGCGGCUGGAAUUCCUAAAAGUCAUCUUGGACGCCGGUCGAUUCUCCGCUCGGCAGCUUCGAAACGAAACACACGGCAGUGUUUGUCUGUUUUCGUUCCCCAUAACCACCUGGACAUUCAUCUCUCCUCCCGUUACCCCUCCGUCUCUUUCUCUCUUUCUGCCCUCCUCUCCCCUCUGCAUCUCCUUCUCGUGCGCGCACGAUAUAUCCGAGCGAUUUAAUUUAAUUUGUACUCAAAGUGACAACGCAAGUAAAGUUUGUACCGUUUGUAUGCUUUAAAUAAAUUGUUGCGGAAGGAAGACGA